UUGCCGCACACACACACAUGACAAGUCAAGUGACUGGAGAACUUAAUGUUUACAUUUUCGGCUUGGUUUUCUAGCCACUCUCUACUGUUUGGAGUGAAAGAUUUCCCAUUGAUAAUUCUGCUGCGUGGCUGGAUAUAUUAACCCUUGUGAUUGAGGCAACAUGACUAAAGGUAACCAGGGUCGAUUCCUGCUGCUGUACGGCUCACAGACAGGCCAGGCCAAGGCCAUUGCAGAGGAAAUCUUUGAGACGUCCCCACAACAUGGUCUGGAUCCUGAGAUGCACUGCUUAAGUGUCACUGACAAAAAGUUUUGUAUCGAGAAUGAAAAGUGUGUUGUGAUAGUCGUCUCCACAACAGGGGAGGGCGAACCACCGGAUACCGCGACCAAGUUCUGGCGACGCUUGAAGAAGAAGACCCUUCCAAGUGAUCAUCUCAGUCAGGUUGAAUUUACUCUGUUAGGUCUUGGUGACUCAAAUUAUACAAAUUUUUGUCAAAACGGCAAAAACUUCAAUCAACGACUUCAGGCACUGGGAGCUGGCCACUUCUACCAACCUGGAUUUGCUGAUGACGCCACAGGGUUAGAGAUAGUUGCAGAACCAUGGAUGGAAGGGCUUUAUCCGGCCCUCUGCAAAUGCUUAGCUGUUGACACCCACUCUGGUCACCGGAAUGAUAACGACACCACUGGAAAAGAAACCAUUUAUGGUGAUCGUGAGAAGGCAGUAGAAGGAAACCGCAGUACUGAAGAUUUGAAUUUGUCCGACAUGAAAUCUGUAAACCCUGUUAAAGAAAUUGCCAAAGCAGUGUCACAUUUGAAUGUCGGUGAUUCUACAGGUGGGAUUCCUUCUAAGGACUCUGGCCCAACUGCUGAUGUUAGCCUGAAUGAUAAUGCCAAUCCAUCUGACAGCAGAGUUUAUACCACAGAUGUGCCUGAUUUCAGCCCAACUGAUGAUGCCCGCCCGACUAAUAAUGCCAAAACUUCUAAUGUAGUUGUUACCCAAUCUUCAAAGUCCAGAACUACAACUAGUGGGAUUGCAGUACUUCAAACAAUUGAGAAAGAUUCUCAAACAGAAGCUAGAGAGGAGACUGCUACACAGAGAUCAGGACAAGAAAAACUCAACAAUGAAGAAAAUAAAGUGCAAUCGUCAACAGAAGAGACAUCUAGUGCCGCUGGACAGAGUGGAGUGGUCCAAAAAGCACAAGGUGGUAAAACAGCAUCUGAGGGACACUCAUCCACAGUGGUGACUGUUGACAGUCCCUGUCUGAAGCAGUCUGUACCACCCUUAUCCGAGAGUGGUCUAACCCUACCGUUAUUGCCUCCUCCAUUUUUAGAGGUUGAGUUCCAUGCAGAGAAGUCGGUGAACUUGGAAGGACUCCCUCUUCAAGGUGGUGCAAAAUUGCCGUCCGCUUCUUCUGAAGUUACCAUGGCAACACUGACAACAACAACCCAGCUGACUAGAGAUGAUGCAGUCAAAACUGCCCUGGAUGUUGAGUUGGACAUCACGGGAAGUGGAAUGUCUUACCAACCCGGGGAUUCCUUCAGCAUCAUCUGUCCCAACGACGACGAAGAAGUGAAUGAUCUGAUCCAAAGACUCGGCCAAGAAGACAAGGCGGACUGCCCGCUCAGUCUCAAGGUGAUGGCAGGGACUAAGAAACGACGAGCAGCAGUACCCGAGUACAUCCCCCAACCUUUGUGCACAAUAAGACAUGCACUUCAGUACUCAUGUGAUAUACGCAGCCCACCCAAGAAGGCUUUCCUGAGAGUCCUUGUCGAGCACACUGAUGUGGAGUCUGAGAAACGUCGCCUGCAGGAGCUUUGCAGUAAGCAGGGAGCAUCGGACUACGGUGCCUUUGUCAGAGAUCCACAUUUAUCAUUAAUGGAUAUCCUGACUGCCUUCCCAUCGUGCAAUCCACCAAUGAGUCGAGUCUUUGAGCAUCUCACCAGAUUGCAGCCAAGACCGUACUCUAUAUCAAGCUCACCUCUGGUAAAUCCGUCCAAGCUUCAUUUUGUUUUUAAUGUGGUAGUCUUUCCCGAGAGUCAAGGCAGAAGCAAAAGACGAGAAGGAGUCUGCACUGGCUGGCUGAGUCACAUGAGCAAAGGAGAGGAGAAAAUAAACGACAACUCGGUCAAUGAUCCGACGACCAACCUCGGCACUGAUUCUCUUUAUAAGAUUCCGAUUUUUGAGCGCAGUAACCAACACUUCCACUUGCCCGCCGACCCUGCCACACCCAUCAUCAUGAUAGGUCCAGGAACGGGUGUGGCACCAUUCAUAGGAUUCUUGGACCACAGGGCGUGUCUGAAAAAGGACGGGGCUUCUGUCGGUUCCGCCUGGCUCUUUUUCGGAUGUCGGCAUAAAGAGAGAGACUUUCUCUACAGGGAACUCCUCCAGGAGCACCUGUCCUCCGGCAUCUUGACCAAACUGUCUCCAUCCUUCUCUCGUGACCCUGCCCCGUCUGAGUCCAGUCAUGAUGCAACUUGCUCCGAGGUCCCUCGCUACGUCCAGGACAAUCUCAAGCUGCACGCCACUGCUCUGUGUAGAUUGAUACUGGAGGACAAGGCUGUCGUCUAUGUGUGUGGGGAUGCCAAGCACAUGGCUAAGAAUGUGACUGAGACAUUUAGUGACAUCUUCAUCAAAGAAACAGGGAGGAAUGCAUACGAGGCAGCAGUCCUUCUUGCUUCGCUUAGAGAAGAGAAACGCUACCUGGAGGAUGUUUGGACAUAAAGGGUAUCAGGCCUGUAUGCUUCGAUUUUUAAAGGGCAAGGGCACCAAGGCAUUCUCUGCUUGGUAGUACAGUAGAAAAUUUCUACUGUAGCUUUUCAAGGGCACAAAGGCAAUAACAAGGGGGCAUGAUGGCAAUUGCCUUUGUUGCCUCUGUGAAGUAUCGGGCCUUGGAUGUGUAGAAGAUUUUGACAUCAAGAUUUAAUGUACGGUCAGGUAGUGAGACUGCAUGACUUGCAAUCAAUAGAUUGUGGGUUAAGAUCAGGCUAAGCAAAUCGCUGAUUUCACAAUGACUAGAAUGAGUAUUGUCAGCUAGCUAUUAAUCACAAUUUAUUGAUUUGUGCAAGUCAUAAUCAUAGACAUUAAACCCCAAUGCUUGUAUGGGAGUGAUUUUCUUUUGCCAUUUGGUUUUUAUAUCCUCUUGUUGGAGCCUUGCCAUGUUCCCUUGGUGGGAAGAUCAUCUAAACAGACAAACAAACAAACAAACAAACAUAGGUGUAGUAAAGUAUGAUAAAGCACAGAUUUGGUUCUGUCUAGGCGUAGACUUUACAUUGGUUUAUAUCCAAGACACCUGGCCCUGAAAUGCUUGAAAUGUUGGUGUUUUGACAAGCUAGCCAGAGAAAUAACGAUAGAGAAUAUUUAUGUUUUGUUUUACCUUAAUCAUACCCAAAAAGUAUGAUUACCUGAGAAUAGUUUAUUUUUAUCGUACUUUUGGAGGUUCAUUUUUGUAGUUUGGUUUAUGGAUGCUUAGCAAUUAGUUUGCUUAAGGGGUGGUUGGUUCAUAUCCCUCUACCCCUAUGUUAUUUGUUUUUCUAUGUUCGACCUCAGAUCAUGUUAUAUUAGGUUAAAAUUAAAUUGGAAGGAGCUUUGACAGUGGUACUUUGAAUAUUUACGGAAAUCACACCUUUUUUUCUCAACUAUUUACACUUUUUACGAAACAUUUAUUUUUCCAAUCAUCACUUAUCAUUACAGAUUGCACAGCUUUCUAAAUAUGUACACACAAAAAAACAUUAAAAGGGAAGGUUAACUUUUAGUCAUUUUAAAAUCAAUGACAACAACUUUUAGAUAGAAGCUUACUUCAGCUGUUUAUAGUGUACAGCAUCUUGAGAAACAUUUUCAUUUUGGUCUUUACCCAUAUACACCGAUAUGUGUUGUAUACUCAGUACUUACCCGAGUUCUGUGUUGCAUCUAUUGAAUUUCCAUGAACGUUUCACUUCAUAGUUAAAGGAACACGUUGCCUUGGAUCGGUCGAGUUGGUCUUUAAAAAGCGUUCUGUAACCG